AUGUCGUUCGCACGCUCGGAGAAUCUGACUCGAGGUACAUUUAUCCAGCCACCAACGACCAAGACACCAACUUCUCGGAGGAAAAGAAAAGAGAAAGUUGAAGAGCCAAGCAAAACAGUCAGAUUGGAGGAUAUCACCAACCCUCAACCAAAGACUCGAAGACGCCAGGCCAAUCUCUACGAUGCAAUCGCCGGUCGUGUCACUGCCCGAGGGUUCGCCCUAUCUACACCUAUAGCCUCCAAGUACCGUGAUACUGCAUCGUCGGGGGCCCGCAUUCAGCGACCAGAAGAGGUCCUUUUCCGAAAAGAUCAUCCCAUGAGACAAGUCGAAAAUGGCGAACCAUAUUUUGCGCACGAGAAUCUCCCCGCAGACCGGCCUCUGCCCAACUCGGAUCUCCUCCAGUCGAUACACGCCUACGCCUCGGACUUUUACAAAUACACACUAGGCGAAAGCGGGAGGAAAAGUCAUUAUAGCAUGAACGAAUCUGCACUGCUGGCGGUGGGGAUUUUAGUCGAGGAGAUGGCGAAGGAUGGCCUGGGCGACAAUGGCCAUUUGCUCAUGAUCGAACCGCAGGGUCUAAAGGGUGAUAUUAGCGGCAAUGCGGAGAACUUCCUCCCUAAGCGUGGUCGGCCAGUCGGCUGGAGGGCCGAUGUCGAUGGAAAGAAGCCGAAAGCACCCCGGCGCAAACGUGCUCAGACUAUCAUCCAGCCCCGGCGCAAACGACCUAGGCUCGACGAGCUCAUGGGACCUAGCAGGAAAGGCAGGGGCGGCAAAACUUGA